GUGAGAUCUGUAAUAAAUAAAUAUUAGGUUAUGUUGUUUAUCUAUACAAUUUUUGGGCAGAACUAUUGAUAGAAACUUGUUGAAUCCCUUUUAGUUGCACAUUUACAGGUGUUAUUGUACAAGAUGGGAAAAGCUAAGAAAAUUAAAAUAACUAAAACCGACAAUCCGCGAAACAGAGUCGAUUUAGCAGGACAAAUAGAAGCUGACAAAACUGUUAAACAAAAAAAUAGACAAAAGGAAAAACAUAAACAUGAAGACAAAGAAGAGGAGUUUGUGGAUGCAAACCUGACACAAAAAAUAUUGUCGCAAGCCAGACGACAACAACGAGAAAUGGAAGAGGAGCAUGGAAUUGAUUCUGGUAGUGAAACUUUUAAAAGGCCAGUAACAAAGCUUGGAGCAGACCUUAGCGGUGACGAGCAAGAAUCCAGUGAAGAUGAGAUCGAGAAUGAUAAAUCCUACCAAAAAAUUGAAAUAAAUGAAGAAGAUGAACGAGCUCUACAGAUGUUCAUGAACAAAGAUGCUGUACCCAUGCGCACGUUAGCUGACAUUAUAAUGGAAAAGCUCACAGAAAGGAAAACAGAAAUCCAAUCCCAAUUUUCAGAUGCUGCCUCGAUGCAAAUUCAGGAUUUAGAUCCAAGGGUAAAAACUAUGUAUGAAGGUGUACGGGAUGUACUUUCAAAGUAUCGUAGUGGUAAACUGCCCAAGGCAUUUAAGAUUAUACCAAGCCUAAAGAAUUGGGAACAGAUAUUAUAUAUUACUGAUCCCUCAAAAUGGUCGGCAGCUGCUAUGUAUCAAGCUACAAGAAUUUUUGCCUCCAAUUUGAAAGAAAAAAUGGCACAACGAUUUUAUAAUCUUGUGUUACUACCACGUAUCAGAGAUGACUUGGCUGAAUACAAGAGACUAAAUUUUCACUUAUAUCAAGCUGUACGUAAAGCCCUGUUUAAGCCUGGUGGGUUCAUGAAAGGUUUAUUACUACCUUUACUAGAAUCUGGGACAUGUACUUUGAGAGAAGCUGUUAUCAUUGGAUCAGUUAUUGCCAAAAAUUCAAUACCUAUAUUGCAUUCAUCAGCAGCAAUGUUAAAAAUAGCAGAAAUGGAUUACAAUGGAGCAAAUAGCAUCUUUCUUAGAGUAUUUUUUGACAAGAAAUAUGCACUUCCAUACAGAGUGAUAGAUGGAGUUGUAUUUCAUUUUCUCAGGUUUGAACGAGAUCCACGGGAAUUACCUGUGCUGUGGCAUCAGUCUCUUUUGACUUUUGUACAACGAUAUAAAAGUGAUAUUAGCACUGAACAAAGAGAUGCCUUAUUGAAUCUAUUAAAAAAACAGUCUCAUCAUUCAAUUACCCCUGAGAUACGGAAGGAACUUCAGACUGCAACUUGCCGUGAUAUUGAAGUCACAGCCCCUGUACCAAUACCGUCAACGUGAAUAGAAUUAAUAAAUUCAAACAUAUAAAUAA